CGUGGCGGGGGGUGGCUCCGCUGCACGGCCCCGCUUUCUCCCGGCGUGACGCGCGGCUUCCCCCGCGCUGGGCCCCUUUGUCAGGCCGCGGGCCCUCGGCUGUUGCAGCCAUGUCGGAGCAGACGGGCCUGGCGUUGCCGCAGACCAUGGACAGAAGCUGCUGGGUUUGUUUUGCUACCGAUGAGGAUGAUCGGACAGCAGAGUGGGUGAGACCUUGCAGGUGCAGGGGCUCUACGAAGUGGGUUCAUCAGACUUGUCUACAGCGCUGGGUGGAUGAAAAGCAAAGAGGAAACAGUACUGCUAGAGUUGCUUGUCCUCAGUGCAAUGCAGAAUAUUUAAUAGUAUUUCCAAAGCUAGGUCCAGUUGUUUACGUUUUGGAUCUUGCAGAUCGACUGAUCUCAAAGGCAUGUCCAUUUGCUGCAGCUGGAAUAAUGGUGGGCUCCAUAUACUGGACAGCAGUUACAUAUGGAGCUGUGACAGUGAUGCAGGUGGUUGGUCACAAAGAAGGUCUUGAUGUUAUGGAGAGAGCUGAUCCUUUAUUUCUUUUGAUUGGACUUCCCACUAUCCCAGUCAUGCUAAUACUGGGCAAGAUGAUUCGCUGGGAGGACUAUGUGCUCAGACUGUGGCGCAAAUAUUCUAAUAAGCUACAAAUUUUGAACAGCAUAUUUCCAGGCAUUGGUUGUCCUGUUCCUCGUAUUCCAGCAGAGGCCAACCCGUUGGCCGAUCACGUCUCUGCUACACGUAUUCUGUGUGGAGCUCUGGUUUUCCCUACUAUUGCCACAAUAGUGGGCAAGCUGAUGUUCAGCAGUGUUAACUCAAAUUUACAAAGGACAAUCUUGGUAGCUGUCUCCUUUGACUUAUCAGUCAGGGAUCUAUGUUGCUAUUUGGGGCCCCACUCCAGGGAAGCAUUUGGAAUAGUUCUGUGCUUGCUUGAAUAUGUAGGACCAUUGGUAGCAUCCACAUAAGAAGAGUUAAGAGAAAAUAAAAUCAUUAUUUAUAACAAGUUGGACACCUUCAACAGUUUGUCUGUCAGCUUUAGGAGCCUCAUUACAGGAUAAUUAGUUGCAUCUGGAAUAUUCCUCAGGACCAAAUUAUCAAAAUGUUAUAAAAAGCAGAGCAUGAGAUUUGAAUUCAUCGCUUUUGGCAGCUGCAUAAUCAUCAGCUGAGAAGCUGUAUAAUUCUUCCACCUAAAAUAUAUUCUUAUGAAUGGUAGCCAGUGAGCCAAAUUUAAAAUCUGUUUGCAUACAAGUGAACACGACAAAGAGAAACUGAGUAUAUUCAUCAGCUGUGAUGUGCAGCUUGGAUGGUGGCUUUUAUAGUUUUGUUUUGGUUAUAUUCUGUUUUUAAAAGAACAAGGCUUGUGACACUGUGCACAAAAGGCAUAAGCAAGCUGAAUUCACAAUGUGGCACUUCUGUUCCCGUCAGAAAGCAAAUCAACCCACUGAAAUGUAAUUAGUAUAAAUCAAAUAUGCACUGCAAUUACGUAGCACAUGGUAAGCAGACUGUAAAACUGAGUGGUGUAUUUUUGCAUCCUAACAUUUCCUGUAUUCCCAGAGCAGCUUUUUUCCUUAUUAUUGCACUUUUGAGAUGUAAUUAGAAGGCCUCAAAAUAUCUCUUCUCUGUAAUAACCUUUUUUCUGAAAGUCAAGUCUCUACUAAUUGAUUAAAGGAACAGUAUCACCAUCAAAGUACAGUAACGUGACUUGAUGUCCUUCUGUCCAAAACAUAAGGAAGCAGAAGGCUGGGAAGAGUGUUCAGUAAUGAAAUUCUUGUACUCUUUAACAGCUGAACUGGGUGCUAUGCCUCAGGAAGGGCAUCUGGUGUUUUAGAAAUCAUUAUUGGCAUUAAAAAUGAAAGCAUCUAAUCAGUUUGUAAUCACUACUCCCAUCACCGGGAAUCAUCCUGAUUCCAAACCAAACAGAUACUGGAGUGGCAGCCUACUGUGUCAGCUGUCUGGCCCUUCAAAUAGUGUUCUCUUCAUGUUCAGGGGUCUCACCUGCCUGGGGAUAUACAGCAGUGAACACUGAAAGCGAGAGGAUGUGCAGAAAUACUUGCCUCCUAUUAUAUAAAUAAGUAAUAAUGCUGAAACAAAGUCAUGUGGUGACUGAAGUGUGAGGGAUAGAACAGGAAAGGGCUGCAGGCUCACUUCCAUCUGCGAUAUCUGAUUUUUAAGUCUCUGAAGUCCUACAGAUUCCUUUUUCCAGCAAUCACUUGACACCAUACGCUGCCAAUCCCAACCCAGGAAUGGGGUUUCUUGAAUGUGCUCGACAAGUUUCUCACAGCUAGGUGUUCUUGCAGAUGAAAGGUAACUGAAGGUGUGGUUACACAGCUGGCUCACCUACUGUCUUUGCUGGGUGAGAGGAUACAUGUACCACAACUUUGUGUCAGCAUGAGCCACGGACAGCACCGGCUGAUAUUUCCAAGUUGUACUGGACUUUGUCCCUUCCUGCCUUCCACAUGACUGCUGGUUCUGGUGAGGCAGUGACGCUCUUGCCUGUGGGCUGGGUUGUACAGCAGUGCCCCCAUCCUUUUGGAUGGCCCCCUCUGUUGCUGGCAGCUCAGCCAGGCUCCCAGCUCCAGUGGCACAACAGGUUAAUGUCUGCUGGAACAGAGUUGUUAUUUAAUGAUAUAUACAAAAAGGGAUCUGAGACGACGUCGUCUUGUUGCAUUUAUGCACUGAGUCUGUUCUUGGGACAGCAGGGAACUACAGAGCUCUGCGCUGACCUGAAAGUAAUGAGGCUGUACUGCAGCCAGCCUGGCAGAACAGUACCUCUCACUUCCUCUGGGAUUAGAGCCAAGUCACUUCUCUUCAGGCAUAUGAAAGGCCUAAGUCAUGCUGUAGAGUCAAAGACAAAGAGGGCAUGAGGUGCUCCCUGCAAUCACAUACAGUGAAAAUGGAGCCUAAAUGCAGAUUGCUGACCUACUUAGCUGUUACUUGCCUCAAUGAGGAUGGGCUUGAGUUUAGUAUGAGCUACUGAAUGAGCUUCACACUCACUUCUUCCCAGUAGGUAUGAUAUUAUUAAACCAUGCUGUUGCUUUUGUGGUACAUUACAAUGCUCUGACACCAAAAUGCAGCCAGACCACAGCACACGUUUCACAGAGGUCACAUUAGCCUCAGCCUUCUAAAUAGCAAAACACAAAGAUGAGAGAAUGGUGGCAGGAUUCUGAAAGCAUACCAACUGCUUGGCAGAAAGCAUCAAUUUUAUAUCGCGUCAAGAACAUCAUUCCUCCUCACAGCUGUGGUUGCAAUACAAGCCUAGAGCAGAUGCUGGAAUUGUAAAACUCUGUAUUAUCUGAAAGCAGAACUCGCUCAGUCCUGCAGCAGGUAAAAAGUCAGUGCUGGCCAGCACUCAGUGAUCUUUUUCCUGCUUCUACUGCUCCUGCCACUAGUUGUGGUUGUGCUGAAAAUUUACUCUUAAAGGUCAGAGAUAAAGAUAGAUAGACGUGGAUUUGUAAUCCUGAACACAAGUAGUAUUUGAGAAGAUGAUCUCAUAUUCUGGUCCGGUCCUUUUAUAAUUAAUCUCUGCCUUUUCCAGCUAUGUAGGAAUUGUAGAUUUUGGCUAAUCCUUUGGUAUGCCUCUGGUGUUGGAGGUCUUUCCAUUGACAGCAAUUCAUCAGUACAGCUGAAAAAAAAGCACUCUAAGCUGUCAAACAGAAGACAAAUGAGAGCUUACAAAACAGAAUUCUCGCUGAACUGAGACAAAACUUCCAGUGCUGACGAUGACGAGGAGCAGAGACUAUCAUCUCGUAAUUGCCAAUUUAGCCACAGCUGAGCCUGUACUUAUCUGAAUUGGUACUUCUGCUAAAUUCAUGGUUUUGUCCUGUGCUAAGCCUUGAGGUUGGCAAACACAAUACUAAUGCAGUGUUCCAAGGAUAACUCCUCUCAAAAGCCAACAAGUGGUGGUUAGUCUGGGGACUGAAUCGUGGGGGAAGAUUGGUUUUUCCUUCAUGUGGGUACCUGCUGUUGAGCUGAGACAUUUUGCCACCUGCAAGCAUCAAGGUGAUGAGCAUGCACUGAUUUUCUCAGAUGUUUGCUAUUGCUCUCAGUUCCAGCCUCAGCCAUUUUUUCUAAGCCCAAAAUACAAACUCACUUUUUGUUUAAAACUUUCAUAUUGUGCUCUUGGGAGUCCUGCCUAAAGAACUGCUUGUCUUUGGACAUUACUCAUAACACUGGCAUUCUGUCUCACCAUGAAGUGGUUGCCACCACACACUGGUGAGUAAAUCGUAAGCAUGCCUUAUUCUGUCAAGGACAGGUGAUUUGUAGAUGAUUACUGUCUAGCCUAUGAUUUGCUUUCUCAUUAAAAGAUGUUUCGAGUUAAUGAAAAGCAUAUAAAAGGGUACAUGAAAAUAUGCAAGAAACAUUUGUCUGAUCCAUUAAGAAACACAUUUUGUUCCAAUGCAGUAAAGAGCAGACAAGAAUGCAGAAAUAAAAAUUACAGAAUUGACCAAAAAAAAGCCAAACACAUUUGCCCUUUUAAACCAUCGUCUCAGGAGGUUUUAUACUGCAAGAACAAUUCUCUUAUAAUGUAAAAUUAAUAAUCAACUAUAACAUUAGGCACUGGAAAUCUGAGUAAAAAAGCAUUUGUUUAGUGUUGAUGGUGUUAGUACAUAACAUGACAUGCCUAAACCAGAAAGUAAAUACAAAAUCCUAAAAUUAGACUUUCAUUACUAGAACAGAGAAUGGAAAGAAACUGGAAGAUGCACAUCAUUUCUCCUUUCAUGUAUGGGUAUACUGCUACCCAUUUUGGGACAGCGACCUUCUAAUAGCCUUCUAACCCACGCUGUGUACAUAAGAAGCCAUGUACUUUUCCAAGCUGACAGUUGCUCUGUUCCUAUAUAUAGCUUGCAAUAGAGCACGACAGAGAAAACUAGAGUCGGAGGGAUGACACAAAAAUAAGCUAUUGGAUUCAGGCAAGGGAGGAAUUUGCCUUCAGCUGAAAUUUGAAAAGUUACAGACCAACAUGCAGCUUUGACAGGCUUAUUAUCAGAAAGAGUGUAAUUUCUUUUCCCAUCAUAGAUUCUCAAAGUCAUAGCUGCAGGCCUUUCUUCUGUUAAUAUGGGCAGCAUGUUUGGUUUGCUUUUUGGAGAUCACAGGCUUUAUGACUGCCCAUGGCAUGAGGCAUCAGCACUGGAACGAGCACUGACACAAAGUGCAGUGCCUGAGCUCAGGGUGUGUCCAGCUGGCAGGGACAGGGGCUAUGGGUACCUGUCUUGCUCGCAGUGCUGGCUCUGGGCAGAGGAAGAUGAGUCCAUGGCAGCCCUGACGCACGCAGCAGUCUGGGGACAGCUUUUGCUUGGGUAUUUUUAAGUCAUAUGUGGGAUGUAAAUUCAAGGCUAAUGCCAUUAUUCAAACUGCUCUCUCUCUUACAUUAACAUGUAAGGAUGUAUGGCCACAGCCAUCUCAUAAAGCUCACUUUCAGACUGGCCCCCUUGCCUACAUGAAUUCACCCUUCUCUUUGUUGCUAGAUUCAGGUAAUUUAUUACAGCUGUGUGUAUGUGAAUCUGACUUGUUCUCCAUGAAAGGCUGCAGCUGAGAGGGUCAGAAGAACAGAGCUUAAAAAGGAAGCUGUAGCUUUCCUAGGCUUGCUCUUUGAUAUGCAAGUAACAUCGCUUCAAACUUGCAACAUGGUGGUUAAUAGGCAGAAGUAGGUCUAAGGCCAUUCAAGCUCUGACUCAUCUCUCCUCUGUGCAGGGGCCUUUUGCAUUAGUGAGGCCUUUGAAAUUAAAAAAAGGACAAAGGAAAGACUAAAGGAACUUAACAAAAUGUUAUAAUUAAUUCAACUACAUUUAAAAUCACUAACUGCAGUGUUAUUCAAUUACAGUGAAUGGAAAUUUAAAUAAUUCAAAAUAUAUCAAAUCUCACAGCAAUUAUUCAACUGAAAGCUCUAAAGUUCAGAACCAUCUUCAGAGGGAUGUGUUUCUGAUGCACGGGAGUUCUCCCAAGCCAAAAGUGUGCAUUAUCUCUGGAAUGUUCUUUUCAACCUUACAGCUCUCAAGAGUAUGGUUUAUUCAUCUGUCAGCGUAUGCACUUCUUGCCAGUGUAUCACUCAUCUUUUUUUUCUCCAAACCAGAAAAGAAAAACAAAAAAAACCCCCACCCUGUAUUUUUAGAAAGACAGAGCAAGCCCUUAAAUAACAAGUCAGCUGAUUGAGAGUCCAUUCUGUCUCCUUCAGCCACGUUAUUUCAUAUUUGCCUUGAAGUUAAACCUGAGAGAGCUUUUGCUCUCUGUGACAGACUUAUAAGCAAUUUAUCUUCUCAUGCUGCAAGCCAGGCGGCUCUUUCAAGCCGUGGGAGCUAAGUGCAGCCCAUGGACACAGCCAGCAGUGAGCACGAUUCAGGGAAAAUGGAACCUUCCCUGUGUGUUGAAGAACCAGAAAGGGGCAGGUUCAAGGGUUAGGCGUAAGGCAGCCCUAAGUUACAGAACCUUGCAAAGAAAGGUUCCCUCCUCCACCUGACGAAAGGCUGAUACCACCACCAGGUUGCCUGACAUUUCUUUUAAUCAGACCACGUUUCCAAUGGCUAAGAUCCUCGUCAAACUUUAAGCACCGCGCUGGCACGCUGAGCACGCGGCCCGCAGGGAAUAACCACGUAAGAUUUCCUCUGUGUUUGGUGAGGUGUUGCGGCAGGUCUCCCAUAGUCUCAAACUUCGGAACAGGGAAUCGGAAAUCAGGAGGCAGGGAGGACUUCAGCCCGGAGGUGGUCAGGACGAGGAGAUGGAGGACGGCCGCCGGAGCAGGGCGGGUCCCGCUGCCACGGGCUUAUCGCAGCGGCCCACCGCUGGCACGUGCGGUGCGCCUCGUGCUUCUGGCCGAGAUAACCGCCUUCCUAUCAGCGAAGGAAAGCUGCCACCGCCACCCUUUAUCGCUCUCGGGUUUGAACGCUCGGCCCGUACGGCCGCGUGCAGCGACCUCUGCUCUCGCGCCCGUCGUAAACGCGCUGCAGACGGCCGGGCAGCACACGCCGAGCCCUGCGGCCGUUCGAGGAGAGCGGCUCCGCACCCCACCGCGACCCCGGGACCACGCCCGCCUCCCGCCGCCCCGAGCCGUUCUCCACCCCGCCCCGGCCCCUCUCACCGCCUCGCGGAGCUCCCCGCCGGCGGUCCGGCUCGGCAGCGGCUCCCGGCGGCCGCGGCCUCGCGCUCCGCGCUCUGAGGCGCCGCGUGAGGGAAGCGGCGAGGCGGGAAGCGGAGCGGCUCGCGCCGGGCAGCUGCGAGGAGGAAGGCGGCGGUUCUGCGGUGCCAGGGUGCAUCAAGACUUCUCUCCCUCGAGCAAGAUGCUGAAUGUGUGGAUGAGAAACUCAUCGGCAGCCUUGCUGCAUGUAAUAAUAAUGAAACAUUUUCUGUGUUUUAAAAGUAAUUUAUUCUUUUCCAGGUUAAGCAGUUGAAGUUUUCAUUAUAUUUUUUUUUUCCUUAGAGUCAAACAAAUAUGAUCAGGAGGAGAAAAUAAUUUGCAUGCACAAAGAUGAGAUGCACAACUCUUCACAUUAUUAUAAGGAACAACAGCAAAUGUUGUAUCGUAGCACCAAGAAUUUCCAUUACAGUGGAAAGACGCCAUAAAAGCUCCUCAUGGCAAAUCUUUUAUGGUGACAUUUGGAUUCUAAAGCACACUUUUCUAAGCAAUGAAAAUUAAACUUUGCAUUACAAAUAAAAUAUAACUACCUUAAAAAAGUUAA